AGAGAGCGUGAGACAGAGAGCGUGAGACAGAGAGCGUGAGACAGAGAGCGUGAGACAGAGAGCGUGAGACAGAGAGCGUGAGACAGAGAGCGUGAGACAGAGAGAGGACCUCUGAACCUUUUCAACCUGUGAUAACGGUAGGUGAUGCGAAUCCAAACCAGGGGCUCAUCCAACAUGCGGGGACAAAGGAAAUUCCUCAGCAUGGAAUGCACCGAAGUGAGAUAAUAUUAGGCAAGUAUUUUCACAAGGGGAGGGCUGCCUAUGACAUUUUAUGAUUUUGGAGGGGUUCUACGUAUAUAAAAACGUGAGCAGGGACAAGAAAAAAAGCUGCCACUCUAAAGGAGUCUGAGGAUUGAGUUGUUUGGUGAUGAACAGCACUGUUUAUCCAAUGCGCAAGGUAUUGCGUGAUUGAAAAAUAAGGAUAUAGCAGCUCUGAAUGCGAUGCAAAUGAACUGGACAAACUAAAGGAGAACACACAGGCUUCUGCGUUAGCUGAAGUAGAAACUGGUAUGUUCUAGGGAGUACAGAAACCAAAAGACACCGGCGCCUGAACUACGAGUCAGAGAACCAACUCUUGACCUAACAUCCCCUUUACUGUGGUGGUACAACCUGUGCUUGGAUUACUACCUGGAACAAGCUUGAGGCGACCUGUUCAGUUUUGGAGUGGUGGGGCUUUUUCGAUUGUGACGUGGCCCUUUUGGUUUGUACGCUGAGUCUGAGGAUGAGCUACCGCCCUGUGUGCUGGCUCUGAGCUGCCCUCCACUGCCCUCCCCCGUACCUGUGGGACCCUGUGACCAUGCUGGCCAAGCCCCCUGAGCCAGCCAGAGCAGAACCACGACCCGUGCCCAGGUCAGCCAUCCCUUCCACAGCAGGAUGUCCCAGCCAGAUGCAGUCCCGCUGGGGACCAACGGCUCGGGGGCCGGGGAGGUGGCCGGGGCUCAGCUGCACUGGGCUGCUCUGCUCAUCAUCAUGGUUAUCAUCCCCACCAUCGGGGGCAACAUCCUGGUCAUCUUGGCCGUGUCGCUGGAGAGGAAGCUGCAGAACGCCACCAACUACUUCCUGAUGUCCCUGGCAGUGGCCGACCUGCUGGUGGGACUCCUGGUGAUGCCCAUCGCCCUCAUCACUGUGCUAUACAAUUCCGGGUGGCCUCUUCCGGAGUUCCUCUGCCCAAUCUGGCUCUUCCUGGACGUCCUGUUCUCCACAGCGUCCAUUAUGCACCUGUGUGCCAUCUCACUGGACCGCUACAUAGCCAUCAAGAAACCCAUUCAGCACAGCCAGUAUAAGUCCAGGUCCAAAGCCAUGGCCAAGAUAGCAGUGGUGUGGCUCAUAUCCAUUGGUAUCGCAAUCCCCAUUCCCAUCAAGGGGCUGAGAAACUACCAUCUUCCAAACAAUGUCACCUUUAACAGCAACCAUACCUGCCUACUGAAACCAGACAGCUUCCGAGAGUUCAUCAUGUAUGGCUCCAUGACAGCUUUUUUCAUCCCUUUAACCAUCAUGAUGGUCAUCUACCUGCUCACCAUUCAGGUGUUGCGCAAGAAAGCUUUUCUGCUCAGGUCAAAGGUCACCCAGCGCUUCACUCGCCCAACAGUCUCCACAGUCUUCCAGAGGGAGCAGUCCAUGGCCUCUCCCACAACUGAGAAACUGCCAGGAAAUCCCACCGCUCCUACCAACCCCAUGACAAGUGAAGAUAUCCCCAUCCGUCGCAUGUCCACCAUGGGCAAGAAGUCCAUGCAAAACCUGACCAAUGAGCAGCGUGCCUCUAAGGUGCUGGGCAUCGUCUUCCUGCUGUUUGUGGUCAUGUGGUGCCCAUUCUUCAUCACUAACAUCACCUCUGUGCUUUGUGCGAGCUGCGACGUCAAUGUGAUCGGCCGUCUGAUGGAGAUCUUUGUGUGGGUGGGCUACGUGUCAUCUGGUAUCAACCCGCUGGUCUAUACCCUAUUCAACAAGACUUUCCGCCAAGCCUUCACACGCUACAUCACCUUUAACUACAGCGGCAUCAGUAAUGGGCCAGGCAGCCAUACAAGGGAACAGCAUGGCUGCAGGAAUCUAACACGGAUCUCCUUCCGUUCAUCUGUGGCGGAGAACUCUAAGCUGUUCAUGAAGCGGGGAAUGAAAAACGGCAUCGGGCCAGUGUGCUAUCAGAGUCAACUGAGCCGAAGGCAAGCACCAAUACAGUCCUCUGGCAGCAUUCUACUGGACACACUGCUCCUUACCGAGAACGAGGACUGCAAAUCCGAAGAGCAUGUCAGUUUCUUGUAGGCCUUUCGGAAAAUGCAGUCAGCAAAAGGGAAACAACUAGAACCAGAAAGCCACAUGUAAGAGGUACCCAAAGGCUUGAGUUGUGAGCUCCCCAGGGGAUUACCUUCCAUGAGCAUCACAUGGAUUAUUUUCUAUUCAAGAAAACAGUGUGCUCUCAGGGGGAAAACAAAAAGGAGAUGUCAAUUUCUGUCAAACAAAUAAGAGGCCCUCUGUACAGAGAUAGCUGAACAUUAUGCGUAAAAUGAGACAUCAAAUAGGUGUGUUGAGGUGGUUGCCCUCAAUAAAAGAUAAGCUGACAAGGGUCAGGUCGGAUUGUUCUUAAGAAAGCCGCCAGAGAAAUACAUAAGGAAUGAAGACAUGACUGUCUGGAAACUCUCUCAGUGGAUACAAUGUGUAUUCCAAUGCUAAUCCUGUCACCUUGGGCUAUUUAAUUCUCUGCUAUGGACAAUUUCCAUUGAGGAGAUGGGAUUCUUACCUAUUGAGAGGACAAACACGUCACCUUCACACAAUAGUUUAUAAAUACCACCCAUUUUAAUUGCAAUUUUUUGGUAAGUGCUUUUAUAUACAAUAAUAUAGAUUUAUUGUAUAGUCACAGGUCCUAUUUUCCCAAACUGUUAUAGCAUCCAAAUGGAUUAUUAUAUAUAAAAUGCAACAAAGACAAAACCUUUGCAAAUGGGAAGCUUGUAAAAUACAAAUGUAUAGCCUACAGAUGGAUAUGUAUUUAGCAUAAAAUUCCUGGUUCAUAAAUUGGGUCUGACAUUGACUAUGCCCGAUGGAUCUCGUCUCACUGGCCCAGUAACUUUUCAGUGCAUUUUUUGUGUUCCAGUUCAACAUUUACCCGCUCUACCACUGAAGACUACACGCGAUAAAGUCAUGCCAUUUGUAUUUGAGCAAUAUGAUUGACCGUUCAUUGAAGCACCACUUGUUCCCGCAAGUCACAACUACAGCACAUUAAAUUAAAAAAAUGUUUUAUUAGCCGACGCCAAUGGCCUUUACACAGCACACACGAGCUGUCCUGAGCAAAAUAAAUGGUCAUUAAUCCAUUCGCUGAGCUCCUUUACUUUAGGGAAAGUGAUUUACAACCUUCAAUAGUGAACAUACAGUACUAGCAAUAUGCUGGCUACUGUUGAUAGUCUGCUAAAAGAAAGCUACAAAAAGACACCUAGCAUGUGUCUUGGCUAGCCUACUGUAGCGAGUUGAUAUAUUUUGGAAUGGUUGUCUUAAAAGGGGCAGUGACCUAUUUUGGGAUGUAAAAAAUAAUCUCAAAAUGACAUACUUUAGAAUAUAGUAAUUACUUGCAUUGCAAAAUUAUAUUACACAGCUUUUUAAUAACUAGAUGUAGCCUAUUAAUAGCUGAAUAUAGAGAGAAGCAUGGCAAUCUACAGGCCCCAAUGCAUUUAAAAACUACACCAUGUUCUGGCAAUCAUCAGUUUUUACUGCCAGUAAGAACUUCUGGAGUACAGACCCGCAGAAAUCGUCUGAUCGCCCUCAAGUGGUAAAAUAAAACAUGUUUAUAUAUCAUUUUUA